CUUCCAGCGGGACGAGCUCAUCGCACCUGGAGACUCCGCCCUGCGAGACACGGACACUGCGAGAGACACAGCCGGACAAGCCGGACCUCGAGACUACGUCAAAGCCAAUGUGACAGAAAUCCAGUAACAACCAGAAAGCAGUAGACACGGUCCUGCUUCUUCUGCUGGACAUAAAACAUCUCUGCACGCAAUGGACGCCAGUGAGUUCGAUCGUUUAACCGCCAGCAUGAGCGAGACAGAGAUUCUCAGCACUCUCUUUGCAAUGAUGGAGGAAAUGUUGGCCGAAAUGCCCAACACUCCUCCUCCUGCUCCUCCUGCUCCUCCGGCUCCUCCGGCUCCUCCGGCUCCUCCUCCUGCUCCUGCUGCUGCUGCUCCUGCUCCCCCUGUAGCUUCUGGGCUGGUACUUAACACCAAACCUCAGCCAGGAUACGCUGCACCUGCACAUCCCGCUAAGUUUCAGCAGCAAAGGUCCAUCGUGUCUAAUGAGGACAUGUGCGAUGGAGCUGUCUGUGCAGGCGACAUCGGGCAGCGUCAGCCGGAAUUAGCUCUACCCGUUGAGGCCACACUUCCACCAAUGGCCUCCACUCCAAAAAAGACAAAGUCCGACUGCAAACAGGAGGGCGACCGGCCGUACACAAAGAAGCCCCUGAACGCCUUCUUUGUCUUCAGCAGGGAGAACAGGGCAUCAUUACUCCUUAAUGUCAAAGGGAGCGGGAGCAAAAAUAAAACCUUGGGCCGGAUGUGGUUGUUGCUGACAAGCGAAGAGAAGGCCAAACACGUAGACAUGGCCAAGAAAGAAAGACAGCAGCACGCCCUCAAACACCCCAACUGGUCCUGCAGGAACAACUAUGGCAAAAACAAGCAUAAAAGGAGCAGGCGUCGCUCCAGAGUUGAAGCGGCCAAGAAGCAGUGUCUGUCACCAGCAUCUGUACAGGGUUCCUCCUACUCGCAAACAUCUGUACAGGGGCCCUCCUACUCACAAACAUCUGUACAGAGGCCCUCCUACUCACAAACAUCUGUGCAGGGUCCGUCACACUCACAAACAUAUGUGCAGGGACCCGCUUACUCACAAACAUCUGUGCAGGAGCCUGUCUACUCACAAACAUCUGUGCAGAGGCCCUCCUACUCACAAACAUCUGUGCAGGGGCCGUCACACUCACAAACAUAUGUGCAGGGACCCGCUUACUCACAAACAUCUGUGCAGGAGCCUGUCUACUCACAAACAUCUGUGCAGAGGCCCUCCUACUCACAAACAUCUGUGCAGGGGCCGUCACACUCACAAACAUCUGCGCAGAGGCCCUCCUACUCACAAACAUCUGUGCAGGAGCCUGCCUACUCACAAACAUCUGUGCAGAGGCCCUCCUACUCACAAACAUCUGUGCAGGGGCCGUCACACUCACAAACAUAUGUGCAGGGACCCGCUUACUCACAAACAUCUGUGCAGGGGCCUGUCUACUCACAAACAUAUGUGCAGGGACCCGCUUACUCACAAACAUCUGUGCAGGGGCCUGUCUACUCACAAACAUCUGUACAGAGGCCCUCCUACUCACAAACAUCUGUGAUGGAGCCCUCGUUCCCACAAGUAUGUGUGAUGGAGCCUCCUCAAAGGCCGACUGCCCUGUUGUUUGGAAAACCUGUCGCUCGUCUUGUCUAAGUGGGCUACAUGUUGCGCCUGCCGCAUGCACACAAUGUUGGCUGACAUUGACAGUGGUUAUUCAUGCAUAUAAUACCAAUUGCUAUUGUUGUUUUCAA